AUUUAGCAAGGAAUGUAAUUCAUACAUUGGAAUCUAGCCUGCAAAAAGCUAUCUACCUUUUUUCCUCAACACGGAUGUAAGCCUAUGUGUGAGACUUUUUGUUUUGUUUAACUCAGUGAGCGCACUCACCCUUAACCGAUCUCUGCUCUCUCUCUGUGGCACUGCAAACCUAAUGUUUACAGCAGAGAGAGUCCUGCUCCAUUAUUCCCUCUUCCGCACUGCUAUUCAGCAGGAGCACGAUGGCACUUUGUAAAAAGGAGACACUGAGACCUUUGGGAAAAGAGCUUCAGUGGAAAACGGAGAAACUGGUGACGCAAGGAGCCACUUGAAUAUGAUCUAUCUGAUCUGGGUCCAGAGAAAGCCCCAUGGAGAGCGAUGGUGCUGAAAGGAAAAGCUCCGGUGUGGGGAUCCGCGCACUGACGGGCUGCGCUCUCUGCGCGCUCAUCCUCUCCACACUGCUGGGGAACACGCUCGUCUGCGCCGCAGUCAUCAAAUUUAGACACCUCCGAUCCAAAGUCACUAAUUUCUUCGUCAUAUCCCUGGCAGUUUCGGAUCUCUUUGUGGCUGUUCUGGUCAUGCCAUGGAAGGCGGUCUCUGAGGUGGCCGGGUGUUGGCUCUUCGGGAGAUUUUGUGACACUUGGAUAGCUUUUGAUAUCAUGUGCUCAACGGCGUCUAUUCUCAACCUGUGCAUUAUCAGUUUGGACAGAUACUGGGCCAUCUCAAGCCCUUUCCGUUACGAGCGUAAAAUGACCCAAAGGAUGGCUUUUAUAAUGAUCGGGAUGGCGUGGACACUGUCCGUCCUGAUCUCUUUCAUCCCGGUUAGACUGAAUUGGCACAGGGCUGGGGAUCAUCAUAACCUUACUAUCAGUCCGGAGGACUGCACUGCGACUUUAAACAGGACUUAUGCUAUUGCAUCUUCACUUAUAAGCUUUUACAUCCCUGUUAUAAUCAUGGUAGGAACGUAUACGCGGAUCUACCGGAUUGCGCAAACACAGAUCCGGAGGAUCUCCACUUUGGAGAGGGCGGCUGGACACAUGCACGACUGCGUGAGCGAACAGUCCCUGAAAUCCACGUUCAAAAAAGAAACCAAGGUGUUAAAAACGCUUUCCAUCAUCAUGGGGGUGUUUGUGUUUUGCUGGCUGCCUUUUUUCGUCCUCAACUGCAUCGUGCCGUUUUGUGACCUGGACACUCUUGGAGACUCUCUGUGCGUGAGCAGCACUACGUUCAACAUCUUCGUGUGGUUCGGAUGGGCCAACUCAUCGCUCAACCCGGUCAUCUACGCGUUUAACGCAGACUUCCGCAAAGCCUUCACCACUAUUCUAGGUUGCAACCGACUCUGCGCGUCUUCCGCGGUGGAGACCGUGAACUUCACCAACGAGUUGGUGUCCUACCAUCACGACACCACUCUGCUCCAUAAGGACGCGCAGGGCGUUUCCAACCCCCAGUGCCUGGUUCUGGUGCCCGAUCAUGAGGAGCAUGUGGACUUACCCUUCGACAAGGUCUCGGUUGUGUCCGAUUCGUCUCGUGUCCAGCGGAACGUGCUGCUGCCCGCCCUAGAGCAGCAGGAGGGAGAGAUGGAGAUUUCCCUGGACAUGAUGCCCUUCACCUCCACAACACUGAGCGACUGCUGUGGGAUUCCAGGUCAAAUUGAGGAGUGCUGACCUAAUUUCAUUUCAUACGAACCUAUUUAUAGCAUCGGAAUUCAUAUGCAUAGGAUAUGACCUAAUUUUAUUUUCGUAUACCAUUCAAACAUGUAACAAAUAUUUGAAGUAAAUACAAAUUUUCUAGCCAUUUGGAUUACAGUUUGAUCAUAAACAUUAAUAAACACAUUUGUCAGUGAUUAAACAGGUAGUGCACUCAAAAAAUGCAAAUUAUUUAAAUUAUUUUAUUGUAAUACCCAACAGCUUCAGAAUCAUAGCUUCAUAGAAUCGCCAUAAAUCUGUAAUUUAAAACAGAUUCAAUUAGUUUGAAGGAUGAAUGAGAAUGAAAAAACUACUGAUAUAAAUAACUGGUGUAUUUAAAACACAUUUAGUACAUUUUCUAAAUCUUUCCUGUUUUAUGACAGACUGACACAAAUUACAGGAUUAUUUUAC